UGAUCUCAAGAGGACGUGUCUUUCGCUUGAAUCUGUAAGCCGUCGUCUCGUCGUCGUGUAGCAAUUUGAACGUCACAAAAUACACAAACCUCAAUACAGUUACAAAUGAGCCGCGUACGUUUGUAUUUGUGCGUGUCAGUGUGUUGAUGUGUGUUGGUGUUUGAUGUACGAGCGAAUUAAUUAAAAGAUAAUCAAAACAAAUUAACAACACAUAUAAGUAAAUUUACUUCGCCUUGCCGCAACGACGACACGUCAAGUGCCAAUUUGAACUCGCGAGCAAUGCAAAUGAAACAAUAACAAUAACAAUAAGCAACAUUAUUAAUAAACAAGUGCAACGAUUGCCCAGCUAGCUAGCUUUAUGCUAAAGCUCUCCAAUAACGCGAACGCGAACGUGAUUGUGAACAGGAACAGUAGCAUGACAGUGACUGGCCUGCGCCAAGCCAUGACCAGCCCGACGGUGCCGCCAACCACAACGCUGAGCACUAGCUCCGGCAACACACUCACCUCCGCCGCAGCGGCGGCAGCUGUUGCCGCCGGCACGGCUGCACUGCAUCCGCUGUCCAGUCCCACAUCGCCGUCGGCGCUGCUGCUGGUGCAUCAGCAGCACUUGCUGGCGCAGCAUCAGCAACAACAGCAGCAGCAGCAGCAGCAACAACAGCAACAGCAGCAGCAGCAACAACAAGCGCUGCAACUGGCUGCAGCUCAUCCAGCGCCACAUCAUCUGCACAAGAGCAGCAGCAGGCUGAGCAACUUCAGCGUCGCCUCACUGCUGGCGGACACGCGGCCACGCACGCCCAACACCAGCGAUGCGCCCACGAAUCUCUCCAGCUCCGCCGCCACUUCACCCAUCUCCCAGAGCAGCGGCGCCGGCACGCCGCCUCCCAGCGGUCCGCCCGUAGUGCCGCCAGCGCAUGCCUUCCAUCCCGCCGCCGUAGCACAUCACGCCCACUUGCUGCAUGCCGCGCACGCGGCGGCCGCCGCCCAUGCCCAACACCAGCAGCAGCAACAGCAACAGCAUCAGCACCAGCAGCAGCAACUGGCCAUGGCGCAACUGCGUCAGGCGCAAGCCCAAGCCGAUGCUGCGCGCGCCAGCUCCCCACCCGCCUCUGCCUCAGCCAGCUCCACGCCCACGCGCUCCACAGCUGGCGCCAGCUCCACGCCCGCCAAAAAUGAACGCCACUCGCCGCUGGGCGGCAGCAGUCACACGGACUCGGAGCUGGAGUACGACGAGGAUAUGCUGCAUGAGCACGAUGUGGACCACGAUGAGGAGGAAGACUCCAUUGUGGACAUCGAAGAUAUGAACGCCGACGAUUCGCCACGCUCCACUCCCGAUGGUCUCGACAGCAGCAGCAAAUCGCUUGAAAGUCCACACGGCGCGCCCAAUCCCAACGGCCCAGCUGGACAAAUGAAUGCCACAAUACUAUCGCCGGCAGCACUAGCGGCCAGCGGUCAUGUGCCCAUCAGACCGACGCCAUUCAGCGCUCUAGCCGCCGCAGCAGUUGCCUGGGGCGGCAUGGGCGGCGGCGUGCCUUGGCCAGGAGCGCGUCAGAUGCCGCCAUUCGGUCCGCCCGGACUGUUUCCAGGACAGGGAUUCGGUGGAGAUGCCAAUGAGCCGCCACGCAUCAAGUGCAAUCUGCGCAAGCACAAGCCCAACCGCAAGCCGCGCACUCCCUUCACCACACAGCAGCUGCUCUCGCUGGAGAAAAAGUUCCGGGAGAAGCAAUAUCUGAGCAUUGCCGAGCGCGCCGAGUUCUCAUCGUCGCUGCGUUUGACUGAGACGCAGGUGAAGAUUUGGUUUCAGAAUCGACGCGCCAAGGCCAAGCGACUGCAGGAGGCGGAAAUUGAGAAAAUCAAAAUGGCUGCCUUGGGUCGCGGCGCUCCAGGCGCACAGUGGGCCAUGGCCGGCUACUUUCAUCCAAGUCUAAUGCAUUUGGGAUAAGUGGCGGCCAAGUUGGUGUGCUCAACCAGCAGCACGCCAGCCGCGUUGAUAACCAAAUAACUGAGCCACGCCCUACGCCCACGCCCGCUCGGCAGACGCCUGCAUGAAUCCCCCAAAAUUUUGCUGUGAUGUUAGCGCAUUUUAUUUAACAAAUAAACUACAAAAAACUGUUGUAUGAAAUGCACUCUGUAAAUACUGUAAGCAUAGAGAGAGAAGAGAGUGAAGAGCUAGAGGAGAAAUCUCUGUAUAUAUAUCAAAGCAAAAGCAAGCGAUUAUGUUUCCUAAUUGUACAUAAAACAAACAUUUAAAAUCUAACAUAACUUUAGCCUAAACAUAAACUGAACUCAAAGCCAAUUUGCGUUUAACCGAAAAUUUGAAAUAAAAUUAAUUGUAAAAAAUAUUUCAGAGAGCACAAGGCACACACACACACACACAAGCAUAAUUAAUUUAUUUGUAAAACUAAAACUCAAGUCAAUAAUCAUUAAAGCAAACAAAACAAGCAUUGAAAGCCAAAUGGCAAACAUUUGAUUGUAUUUGUCUAAGUGUAGUUAAAAGAUUAAACGAAUCGAAUUAAAUGAACGCAAAACGUAUUUAAAAAAUACUUUUAAGCAACUUAACUGAACUACGCUAUAAUUAUGCCGUUAAUUAUAUACAUACAU